GACUGACUGCCCUCUCCAGCGGGCAGCUCCUGCUGAUGCUGUCCAGGCAUUGUCCAAGGAGAAAGGUUGUGGCGCGCGGGUGAUUGGUGGGGAAGGAAUGAAUGAAUAAAAGUACUUGUCUAGCGACAGCAAAGACCCCAAGGAAACUGUGGAGGCUACGCGAUCUGGCAUUCCCUAGCCUUUCGUUAGAGCCAGACCCGCCUGUAGCAGAAGGGAGGAGACGCGUCCUCUGUUCCCGGAGAGGGAGGAACCGAGCUGUGAACCUAGCGCGACCGGAGGAGGAGGUCCCCUCUGGUCACUCUCUGCACCUGGUGCAGCCCAUCAAGAGAGGGAAAGCUGCGGAGCGGCCACCAGACGCCCACUGGAACAGGCAGGAGCAUGCAGCCGCUGCCAAGCCUGUGCGGAUGCGCCCUGGUGGCCCUGAUCCUUGCUUGCGGCGUGGCGGAGGUCCCGGGAGAAGAGACAGGAUUCCCGAUGGCAGGGGCCACUCCGCCACUUUUUGGGACCGGAGAGAUAACGACGCCCCCCGCUAAGACCUUCUGGCCGACUGGGUCCAACACCAGUGUGCCAUGGUCGUCAGCACCUCCGCAGAUGCCUAAGGCAGGGAAGCCGGCUGGAGCCCCGGCUCACACCCUCUCCCCUUCCCGAUGCGAGAAAUCCAUCGAGAUCAAAGAGACUUUCAAGUACAUCAACACGGUGGUGUCUUGCCUAGUGUUCGUGCUGGGCAUCAUCGGAAACUCCACACUGCUGAGAAUCAUUUACAAGAACAAGUGCAUGCGAAACGGCCCCAAUAUCUUGAUAGCCAGCCUGGCUCUGGGAGACCUCCUGCACAUCAUCAUUGACAUCCCCAUCAAUGUCUACAAGCUGCUCGCACAGGACUGGCCCUUUGGACCUGAGAUAUGUAAGCUGGUGCCUUUCAUACAGAAGGCCUCCGUGGGAAUCACUGUGCUGAGUCUGUGUGCUCUAAGCAUUGACAGAUAUCGCGCCGUUGCCUCAUGGAGUCGAAUUAAAGGGAUUGGGGUUCCGAAAUGGACAGCAGUAGAAAUCGUUGUAAUUUGGGUGGUCUCUGUGGUUCUGGCUAUCCCUGAAGCUGUGGGUUUUGAUCUGAUCACCACUGACUACAACGGAAAUAAUCUGCGAGUCUGCUUGCUUCAUCCCAUUCAGAAAACUGCCUUCAUGCAGUUUUAUAAGACAGCUAAAGAUUGGUGGCUCUUCAGUUUCUAUUUCUGUUUGCCAUUGGCCAUCACCGCAUUUUUUUAUACCCUGAUGACCUGUGAAAUGUUGAGAAAGAAGAGUGGCAUGCAGAUUGCUUUAAAUGACCAUUUAAAGCAGAGACGGGAAGUGGCCAAAACAGUCUUUUGCCUGGUUCUUGUCUUCGCCCUCUGCUGGCUUCCCCUCCACCUGAGCAGGAUUUUGAAGCUCACUGUUUAUGAUCAGAAUGAUCCCAAAAGAUGUGAACUCUUGAGCUUUUUAUUGGUAUUAGACUACAUUGGCAUCAACAUGGCCUCCCUGAAUUCCUGCAUUAAUCCAAUUGCUCUGUAUUUGGUGAGCAAAAGAUUCAAAAACUGCUUUAAGUCCUGCCUAUGCUGCUGGUGCCAGUCAUUUGAAGAAAAACAGUCUUUGGAGGAAAAGCAGUCGUGCUUAAAGUUCAAAGCUAACGAGCACGGAUAUGACAACUUCCGCUCCAGUAAUAAAUACAGCUCAUCUUGAAAGAAGGAAUAGUCACUUAAUUCCAUUUUCUUCAUUGUGGACAGAAGUCAUUAAAACAAUGAGGCAUUUGCUAAAAGAAAACAAAAUGUGUUUGCACAAAACAAUGUAAAGAUUUAAGAAUAAUUGCUGAGUUACACGUGACAUUUUUUAAGCUGUGCUCAGAUUGAGAAGAAGAGCAGUGACAAUUAAGAAAGCUUCGCUGGGAAAGCACUUAGUUUUUGACAGUCAGCACUUCAGUGUAGCUCUUAGUAACUUGCAGUAUAUUCAUACAUUACAUUUAAAUUGAGCUCACUCAGAAUUUCUAUUAGGUUUAUUUUUAAACUAAUGUGAAUCUGAUAUCAAGGAAAAAUGGGUCCCUAUAAAACAGAAUUUUUAAAUGAAAUUUAAAUCACUUAACUUAAAAUUUUAAAAAUCCUAUUAAAAAUCUCUUAUUAAUAGUGUCACACCAUUGGAUACAAAAAUGUAUAAGCAGUUUAGCUGGUGUACUUUUUCUUUUUUUUUUUUUUUUUUACAUUAGAGACAUUUAAAUGAUCAGAAGAGAGUCAUCAAAUUUUUUGAAAAUAAUUUAAUUUUCUACAUUCAGAAAAGAUCAAAUGCACUGUGGCAGAAGGAGAGAGCAAGUUUUGUAUGCUGCCCCAAAAAACUACUUUGAAAUCUGUCCCUGAAGUGCCCAGCAAAGGAAAUGCUACCUACAAUUUUUUUCAGGAUUAUUAAAGCAUUCUUCGUUUAGGAUCACCGCUGUAGUAGAAACACUACUUGUUCAAUUUUCUCAUCUGUAAAUACUUCGCCACAACAGCAAAUGUGUGGAUGACUAAACUGAGGGCAGGCCCCAGGGUUCCAACCUUUGCAAUGGAGGGAGGCCGGUACCCCCGCGGCGGACAGAAUGUGAGUUGCCUGGAGCAAUGUUCACAUGGCAAAGGAAAAGGCAGCGCCCCCUCCCGCCCAUGCUGCAGUUAAAAUGGUUCCUGGCGUAUGUAUAAUAGGAUCGUUAAAAUACUACUUUUUAAGAUCACACUAAUUAGGCAAUUGUACAGCUACCUGUAAAGCUUAUUACUAAUUUUUCUAUAAUUUUUUGUAAGUAACUAACAGAAAUAAGUUCUUGACAUGGUGCUUUUCUGUCACUUACAGGCAAAACUGUUUUUUGAGAUGGUAAGGACCUCUUACUUGGUGCAGCCUUGCCCAAUUCCUUUUCCUCCCUAAGCAAAUUGCAAAGUGCUUUAAGUUAACUUGGGAUGAGAUAUGUGUGAAAGUACAAGAGAAAACGGAAGAGAGAGGAAACGAGGUGGGGCUGGGAGGAAACCCAUGGGGCCAGACUCCCAUUCUUAGCCUGACGACGCUCGUCAUUGCCCGGUCACAUCAGUGCAAAAGUUCCUGAUUCUGUUCCAGCAAACACAGUGCACUGUUCUCAGAGUGACUUCAGGGACAAAUUGGGCCCAAGAUCUUUAACUCACUCUUAAAAUAUAACAGAGUUUCUGCUUCUUUUCCUUUUGGGAACCCAGGGCCACAUGCUGGAAAUAAGCUAGCAAUGUUGUUUUUUGCAAGCAUCUAAAGGAAACCAAAAUCCAACAGUGUGGCCAAAAUGAAAGGGCAAUAGUUAAUCCAUGUGCCACAUGGAUUCUAUUUAUGAAUCCCUUCCCCGCCUUGUUUAUUAAUUUCUUCCCAAUCACUGUUUCAGUUGCCUGCGAUCACAAGAGUCAUUUCAAAUUUUGUAUUUUAAGCAAAAUCCAAAAAAACAAUUAAUAUUUUUGCAGUCAUUAAUAUAUUUUUAUUUCUAUUUAAGUUUUAGCUCCUUUUUACUACCAUGUACUAGGUUUUGGUUCCCUCCCUCAUUUACGUCCUUAUUGUUUCUUCUUCCCCCGUGACAGAAUCGAGGUCUGUAAUCAUUGUGCCAAAUUUUGGAAGUGCACUCAGAGUAUACCCAUGCACUAUUUGUCAUGAAAUUGUGUUCAGAAGCUGUUCUGAAAAUGUUUGGUUCACAAUUUUAACAUACUGAUAAAGGUUGAUAAGAAACAAAUGUGAUUUCUUGGCAUAAUUGAGAUCAAGAUAAGAAAAGGUACCACUGUUUAACUUUAAAACACAUUUCCUAGUAUUAAGAACUGUAUAAUAUAGCAACAGACAAAAACAGUGUUAACAUGGAUGUUAAAAUGUAAAAUAUUUAUAAGCAAUUUUAGCCUAUUUUCUCCUUUAUGCAUUGCUAAUAGGGGUACAUGUUCAACACCUUUUAGUAUUGACAGCUUACAUAUGGCUAAAGGAAUACAGUUUAUAGCAAAACAUAUGUAUGCUGUAGCUAACUUUAUAAAAUUGUAACGAUCAUGUAAAAUAAUUACAUAUUUUGUUGUUCUGUAGUCACUUAAAGUGGCAACUUCUAUACUCAUGGAUUCCUUACUAUGAAAACAAAGUCAAUAAAAAUUUAAAUUGUUUUAAAAAAAA